CAAAGAACGUGGCGGGAGUGAAAGUAAAAUCCUUUGUUCCCACGUGCAUCAUGUGCAUUUGUGGAUGUCAGUAUAUGUGUCAUGCAAGAGCCAAAUUCUUUGACGUAUAUUGCCCCUUUGCAAUGUUUGAAAUCGCCAGUAUUAAUAACAAGAUGGAGUCAGAUUUCUAUGGUCAAAGUCAUUAGACCUAAAAUUAAAGAAUAUAAGGCAUGGUAGACCGAAACGGUAUUCAAUAAAAUGGUCAUUAGGUAUACCAAGUUUAUCAGGAAUAAAGUACAGAAUCAAAAGUACAGUUCUAUCCUAUUAGCAUCCUUCCAUAGAAAAAGGUUGAAGAUACAGAUAUCAAAGACAAAAGAUAUGUCAAAUGACUUAAGGCAACAAAAGAUGCAAAGGUUACCUCUUGUCAAGAAGCAUGGCGAAAACAACAGUAUGAUGUAAAAUAAGUACCGUAGAACAAACAAGAGGGCAGGUGUUACCAGCAACUGUAGCGUUGCCGAACCAAUGUAAAUUGUGUAUUCAUGUUCUAAGUAGACUGAUUUUCAUUUGUUUGAAAAAUGGAUGGUUUAAUUGUGUAUCCAGAAAUUAAAGAAUGGUGGAAUUUGAAAAAAUGAAGAAACUGUUGAAGUAAAUAUGUAUAAAGAUUUUGGAACUGUCAAGGCUGAUAAACAGCCAAGACUUAAGGGCCAUGAUGACAGAAUGGUCUAUGGUGAUUCCCAGAAAACCCAGUUCAGAGGUAUGAUGGAUUUGACUCUUUUAAAAAAGACCUGUAUUGAAACUACCAUUGGCAAGUCCUGCAUUUCACAGCAAGAAUGUUCUGAAGUCAUGGUCACAAAUACAAUUGUCCAAAGAGGGGUCAAGCUGAUAGUACAUCUUAAAAAAUGCAGAUAUGUGGUAUCAAGUGUAAAAUCAGCUUCCCACUGGUUUAUCCAAAUACAGUUAUACAAUGGUGUAUUACAGCCUAUUUACAGAUAUCAGUAAAAAGAAAUUGAGAGCACCUUAGUUCACCAACACAGACAUACGGUCAAGGUCAUGAUUUUCAGGAACCCAGAUUUACAUCAAGCAUGCAGUGAAAAUCUAUUAUUAGUGGUUUAUUGAGAUAAUAGAAAUCUGCAAGACUAAGGGUGAAGAGUUUUAGUGUCUUGUCAUUGACCUAAUCAAAUAAUCAUUACUUCUGAUAAGUGGCUGUGUUGCAGUAGCAGAAGAGAAUGAAAUGCCAGCAGACGUCAUACCGAAGCCUGAUCAAUCCUUGACAUUCAAAACUUUGAUGUCAUCAUUUGGUGAUCGACAAAACACGAAAUGAUCAACAAAGUAUAUUUGCGUCAAUGUUGUAUAGAAAUGGGGCAAUGAUUGCAAAGCUUCUGCACUCAUCAUUAUAUAAUGAAAUCCUUUUUUGUAAUAAAUCUAUGUAACAGUU